AUGGCUGAAGCUUCUGCUCCUCUUGAUCUCUCAACAUAUCAAGAUGACCCUUGCUGUCCCUUGCCAACUGGAAGGCCCGGCAGCAAGGGAUCACGUAAUAAGCAAAGGACCUUGCCGGCCUAGAAUCAUAUCUUUCCUGUGGAUAAGCGUAAUCGUAAGUUUCUAGUGUCGUGGCACGAAAAAUUCGAUUGGCUCGAGUAUUCAGUAUCAUUAGACAAAGCGUUUUGUUUCGUCUGCAGAGUGUGCAACGCACAGGUGAGUUGUUUUAAGUAUUUUGUAUUAUUUGCGUUUUCAUUCUCGUUAAGAUAUAACUUUGUUACUUAAAUUGCCUGAAUUGUAAACUUGAGCUACUAAAUGUUUAUUAUCUAUCGUACUUAUCAUAUUUUUUGCACUUUUGCAGGUCUCAUUAAGAAGCGAGCCAACAUUUAUCAAGACUGGAUUUUCCAAUUGGAAGAAAGUUGAAAAUCUUUCAAAGCACGAGAAAUCAGAUUGCCACAAGCAUUCAUUGCAAGCGUAUCGUCACUGGAAAUCACAGAAGCCAGUAGAUCAUCAGAUGAGCGAAGAAGCUGAGAGGCAAGAGAGUUAUCGUCAACAAAAUGUACGUCCCUCUAAUAUUUGCUGAUGGAAAACAACUAGCUUGCAUUUAUAAUGUCACUAUAAGAGCCAAAAACAAAGUCAGAAAAAAAAUAAAUUUUUUCUUUAGGUGAAAAAAAAUCGAACUAUUAUUGGAAAAAUUAUUGAUCUUGUGCGACUGUUGGGCAAGCUGAAUUUACCCUUCAGAGGGCAUCGUGAGGAUGAAUCCUCGCUGAACAAAGGUGUUCAAAAGAAUUUCUAGCACAUGUAGCGAAGUCUGACUCAAUUAUCCAUAACCAUCUAAGUAGUUCUGCAGGUAAUUUAAAUUAUAGCUUUUUUUCAUACACCUGAAUGUUUAAUUUUCUUGAAGUCGAAGAAAACAGUUGUUUUUUUACUUUUGAACACUUACAAAAAGAUUGAAACAAUUAAAAAAUAAACAGUGAACAGUGAUAUCUUUUGAUCAAUGAUAUUGCUAUAUUUUUUCCAUUCAAAAGCAAGAAAAUUGAUAGAUAUUUUGUAGUUAUUUCAAUUACAUGCACGCAAGUUUUAAUAUACAUAUUUUUUAUCGUUUUUAGACAACGCUAGAUAUACCAGUCCAGAAAUCCAAAAUCAGAUGAUUGAGAUAGUUGGUUCAUCCAUUGUAAAUGAAAUUAUACGCCGUGUCAAAGAAGCAGAGCUCUAUGCAAUCAUGGCUGAUGAAACACCUGACAAUAGCAAAACGGAACAGUUGUCUCUACUAAUCCGGUAUGUUUGGAAUGGAACGGUCGAGGAACGCCUUAUAGCAGUUGAACCCAUGGAGGAAACAGCAGCUGAAGCUCUAUUCAAUACAGUCCAACGCAAGUUGCAGCAAUGUGGAAUAGAAGUUGCUAACAUGCGCGUGCAGUGUUAUGACGGUGCAAGUAACGUGUCCGGGAUCCACACUGGACUGCAAGCGCGUAUCAAAGAGCUUUCACCAUCAGCGCUUUACACGCACUGCUACGCUCAUGUCUUGAAUCUAGUGAUCGUAGACACCAUGACGAACAACACAGUAGCAAAAGACUUCUUUGGAACGCUGCAAAAUUUAUAUGUGUUUAUUGAAUCUUGCCCGAAACGACAUGCUGUGUAUCUGAAACACCAAAGAGAGUUCAAUGCUGCCGUUGAAGGAACAAACAAGCGGGAAUAUGUCCUCAAGAAGUUGUCAGAUACCAGAUGGGCGUGUCGGGCGGACAGCAUCACAGCAAUCUAUAACACAUUCGAAGCGGUAAUCGCAACUCUAAAGGAG